AUGACAUACGACACGCAUACGAUAGUAGAGGCUACUUCGCUCUCACACGUCACGGACAUCGCAACAAAUCCGCCACUGCAUCCAACGGCGUCACCCGAUAUCCCGCAACUGCCUCUUGUGCUCUAUAUAGCAAGGGUACCCGGAAGCAGAGACGUCUUUCUCACCCCGAUCAAGCCGCGGGAGAAGGUCGUCACCGCCGAGGACGUCCAGAGCUCGCUCUACUAUGUCCAUGUGAACUCCCCGGAAGAUUUGGAUGAAGCACCAAGGAGGCCUUCGUCAGUCAAUGCGGAUUCUUCUCACCUACUAUCAGUGCCUGGAGGCGGGAUUAGGAGAAAGGCGGCUCCUCCAACGGCUCCGAGUGCUCCACCGACGCCACCCUAUCCAGUUGAUGAUGGACCACCGCACACAACGGCACGGCCGCCCAGUCCCCCACGGAACCAGAUUCUGCGGAAGCCACUCGUGCCGCGCAGAUCGCCGCACCGACAGCCCAAGCUAGCGUUACCUGUUCUCCCUAGUCGUCCACCGCCUCCGCCACCAGACCAGCGACACACCUCGCUGCACGAGGACAAUUUGCGUCUGUUGAGGCGCUCAGACCACAGCGAUGAGAACAAUCCGUAUUAUCGGAGCUAUGAGCCGACAUUGAGUCCCAAUGAUAUGCCCAAAGCUGGCUCACUCACUCUGAUCCGACGAGAUCCAUCUUCCAACGAGCAGUGGAAUGUCGCAUCGAUUCACGAUCCACCUAUUCAGGAAGUCAGCUCUGCUGCCCUUCGUAAUCCGAGCGCAGCGAAGCGAACAAAGCGAGGUGGUGCACCUGUCUAUUUAGACAUUUCCAACCCAAGCUACGUCCAUUUCAACCGCCAAAGUCGGAUCCAUUCUCGAACCAGCGUCUCGUCUUCGAUCUCUUCUGACAGUGAUCCACUGCCAGAAGGCAUAUUCCGGAGAAGGCUAUACAUGCCGGGAUCAAUGUACGGAGAGCACAACUACGGUCAUCAAGAGUUUGGCUCUGUCGUUUCGUUCGCCGAGGACCCAGAUGCUCCCAUGCGCAAAUCAAUGCGGCACUCUGUCGACUGGCGCAGCACUUCAUCGCCUCCAUUGGCAGAUCGAAGAAAUAAGGGCUACACUUUCGAGAGUCCAUGGGAUGGCAGAUGCGAGUUCUCUACGGGAGCAACUGGCAGAAGCCUCAAGUGUCGACACUACCUCGCAAACCAUCAGGGCCAUGGUGUGGCAGAAGUCAGCGAGCUACGAUUUAACCUACCCACCAACUCGAACAGAUCAGCGACUGCUCUAUCCGACAAGCGCUCUUCAUACUUCCAUCGGCUACAUGGCAGAUCUCAUUCGAGCGAAGAUGGGAGUGAGACGCCAACCUUCAUCAUUGGAGAGGAUGGGAGGAUUGAUCUCGCGCUGGGACAAGAGAGGGCAGGAGGUGGCUUUGGAGGAAAGCAGGCGAAGUUGGGAAAGCUGAUUAUUGAACCCGAGGGGUUGAAGAUGCUGGAUUUAUUGGUUGCUGCCAAUGUUGGAUUGUGGUGGAGGGCUUAUGAAAGGCUUUGA